CUGUCACACGUGUCCUCUCGCCUAACUUAAAGCCGACCGCGCCGCUCCGGCUUCAGGCUUUCCUCUUCCCUUUGCUCGCUGUUUUCCUUCACGAUGGAAAGGAGGUGAUUCUCACCGCCGCCAUUUUUAGGGGAACUGCCUAUUGAAGUGAGAAACUUUGCUCGCUCGUUAGCAGCUAGCUAGUUGGCCACUCGCGCCGCUCGCCUUGUGACAGUUAACGCGUUGACAGUCGUCGCUAGCCGAGGCUACAGCCUCACGUCGGCGGAACAUGCUCCCCGCGGCCGAGCCCGGGCAUCCAUGACGGAGACAACGGUUAUUGCGUCAAGUGAACAAUUUAGCGAACGUCAGACGUUGGUGGGAGAAGGAAAACAAAUUCCUCUGGACUGCGUCGCCUCGUCUCGCUGUGAUUGAGCGGCCACAUCCUCCGCCGCGGUCCCGGAGGCUGACUGGAUUUAAUCAGCGGUGUACUCGCCACCUCUCAGCCGAUGAGGACCCAUUGUUAAAAACACCAGGUGCCCGUGUGCUGGUUCCCUCGGCCCAUCGGUUACUGCCGAUGAGUCUUCAGCUGCGUCGGCGCAGCGCAGCACCCAGGUAGUCCCGUCCCCUUGGCGCGGGCGAUAAGGGACGACGUUAACCACGAUGCCCGCCUCCGUGAGGGCGGGGAGCCUGAAGGAUCCGGACGUGGCGGAGCUUUUCUUCAAAGACGACCCGGAGAAGCUUUUCUCCGACCUCCGAGAGAUCGGCCACGGCAGCUUCGGAGCCGUCUACUUUGCACGGGAUAUGCGCACAAAUGAAGUGGUGGCAAUUAAAAAGAUGUCCUACAACGGCAAACAGUCGAUUGAGAAAUGGCAGGACAUUAUCAAAGAGGUGAAGUUCCUGCAGAGGAUCCGGCACCCCAACAGCAUAGAAUACAAAGGUUGUUACCUCCGCGAGCACACGGCAUGGCUGGUCAUGGAGUACUGUCUCGGCUCGGCCUCAGAUGUGCUAGAAGUUCAUAAAAAACCUUUACAAGAAGUGGAGAUCGCUGCCAUUACCCAUGGUGCACUGCAGGGGCUGGCCUACCUUCAUUCCCACAAUAUGAUCCACAGGGACGUCAAGGCAGGAAACAUUCUGCUGACCGAGCCUGGACUGGUCAAACUGGCAGACUUUGGCUCGGCUUCCAUUGCCUCACCCGCCAACUCCUUUGUGGGAACGCCAUAUUGGAUGGCCCCCGAGGUGAUUCUAGCCAUGGACGAGGGCCAGUAUGAUGGGAAGGUGGAUAUUUGGUCCUUAGGGAUCACCUGUAUAGAAUUAGCGGAGAGGAAGCCUCCCUUGUUUAACAUGAAUGCAAUGAGUGCCUUAUAUCACAUAGCGCAGAACGAGAGCCCCACACUGCAGUCCAGUGAAUGGACGGAUUACUUUAGAAACUUUAUCGAUUCUUGCCUUCAGAAGAUCCCCCAGGACCGACCGCACUCUGACGACAUGCUGGGCCAUGCGUUUCUGCAGCGUGAACGUCCAGACUCUGUGCUGAUGGAUCUCAUUCAGAGGACCAAGAAUGCGGUGCGAGAGCUGGACAACCUGCAGUACCGCAAGAUGAAGAAGAUCCUCCUUCAGGAGACCCACAACGGACCCACAGUAGAGGCCCCCGACGGGGACGAGGAGCUGGAGCCAGGCGGAGGUCGGACGGGAACGGUGAACAGUGUGGGCAGUAAUCAGUCCAUUCCCAGCAUGUCCAUCAGCGCCAGCUCCCAAAGCAGCUCCGUCAACAGUCUGAACGAAGCGGCCCAGGACAGCCGCAGCGAGCUGGACCUGAUGGAGGGGGACCACACCGUCAUGUCCAACAGCUCCGUCAUACACCUCAAACCGGAAGAAGAGGAGAGUUUCUGUGCAGAAGAGGCAGCCAGCAGCCAACCCUCGGAGCCCCAGCCAAUACCAGCUCAGGCCCCGAGGAAGCACUAUCGCAAUCGAGAGCACUUUGCCACCAUACGCACAGCGUCACUUGUGACCCGUGAGAUGCAGGAGCACGAGCAGGACUCGGAGCUGCGGGAGCAGAUGUCGGGAUACAAACGCAUGAGGCGGCAACACCAGAAGCACUUGAUGGGCCUGGAGAACAAGCUGAAAGGGGAGAUGGACGAGCACCGGCUGAGGCUGGACAAAGAGCUCGAGAGUCAGAGGAACAACUUCAGCCAGGAGAUGGAGAGGUUGCUGAAAAAACACCAGGCGGCCCUGGACAAAGACCUGAAGACGUUUACCAACGAUGAGAAGAAGUUCCACCAGCACAUCCAGGUGCAGCAGAAGAAGGAGCUCAGCAGCUUCUUGGAGUCCCAGAAGCGGGAGUAUAAACUACGCAAGGAGCAGCUCAAAGAGGAACUGAGCGAGAACCAGUCCACUCCCAAGAAGGAGAAGCAGGAGUGGCUGUCCAAACAGAAAGAGAACAUCCAGCACUUCCAGGCGGAGGAGGAGGCCAACCUGCUGAGGAGGCAGAGGCAGUACCUGGAGCUGGAGUGUCGACGCUUCAAACGCAGGAUCCUCAUCGCCAGACACAACGUGGAGCAGGAUCUGGCCAGAGAGGAGCUCAACAAGCGGCAGACACAGAAGGACCUGGAGCACGCCAUGCUGCUCCGACAGCACGAGUCGAUGCAGGAGCUGGAGUUCAGGCACCUGGAGACGAUCCAGAGAGCGCGGGCGGACUUGAUUCGGACCCAGCACCAGACGGAGCUCACCAACCAGCUGGAAUACAAUAAGAGGAGGGAGAGGGAGCUGAGGCGCAAGCACGUCAUGGAGGUCCGACAGCAGCCCAAGAGCCUCAAGUCUAAGGAGCUUCAGAUUAAGAAGCAGUUCCAGGACACUUGUAAAAUCCAGACCAGGCAGUACAAGGCCCUCAGGAGCCAUCUGCUGGAGACGACGCCCAAGUCUGAUCACAAGGCCGUGCUCAAGAGGCUGAAGGAGGAGCAGACCAGGAAGCUGGCCAUCCUGGCCGAGCAGUACGACCACUCCAUCAACGAGAUGCUUUCUACGCAGGCCCUGCGGCUAGACGAGGCUCAGGAGGGGGAGUGUCAGGUCCUGAGGAUGCAGCUGCAGCAGGAGCUGGAGCUCCUCAACGCGUACCAGAGCAAGAUCAAGAUGCAAACGGACGCUCAGCACGACAAGGAGCGGCGGGAGCUGGAGCAGCGGGUCUCCCUGAGGAGGGCGCUGCUCGAGCAGAAAAUUGAAGAGGAAAUGCUGGCGCUGCAGAACGAGCGCCUGGAGCGGAUCCGCUCGCUGCUGGAGCGCCAGGCCCGGGAGAUCGAGGCGUUCGACUCCGAGUCCAUGCGGCUGGGCUUCAGCAACAUGGUGCUCACGAACCUCGCUCCCGAUUCCCAGGGGGGCUGGGGGGGCGCAGGUGGCCAGGGGGGAGGCCACUGGCCCGGAGGAGGAGGCGGCCACCACGGUCACCCCCACCAGGGGGGCUCCAGCUCACAGCAGCCCUGGGGUCACCCCAUGCUGGCCGGGGGCCCGCCACCUUGGAGCCUCCAUCACCCCGGGGGAGGGAGUCAGAGGGGGAGCGCGGGAGGCGCAGGAGGGGCGAGAAACAGCCCACAGGCGAUGAGGAGGACGUCGUCGGGGGGGAGAAGUGAACAGGGCAUGAGCAGGAGCGCCAGCAUCACCUCUCAGAUCUCCAACGGGUCCCAUCUGUCGUACACUUAGAACACACACACACACACACGAGCGACUCGAUAAUUGUCUUAAAGUGGAAUCCUUGUGACGCUACGCAGACGCACACUAUGCAUGCGCCACACAUGCUUCACAUGCACUUAUCUCCCAGAGUGCGUCCGGCCCCCACCGCGCAGCACCAGCUGCUCUCUUGCAUCAGGGGGCUGACAGCCGGAGUCCGUGGAAACCCAAAAGUCUUGAGACGAAUCCAAGAUGGCCGAGGGCCAGAGACGGCGUGCCACAGUGCAAGAGUGUCAUUUAUCGUACAGAGGCUAUUUUACGCCUUUUACAUGUUAGUCUCUGUUGUCAUGGGCCCAAAGUAGGAUAUUCAUAUUAUCUACCAUGGGGUUCAUUAUCAGGCGUUUGUUUGCAGUUUAUUUAUUUUUGUAUAUGUGGGGCAAGUUUGAGGCUUUCAGUUCAAUAAUGUGCAUCACGGUAAAUAUUGCAUUCAGUUAUAUGCAAUUUUUAGAAUCACGUUUAAAAAAUGUGUUCCCUCAAAUAACUCGCAGCUUGAGAUUUAAGCACAGAUUGAGAUUAUUGUCUGUGCAGUGAGGGAGGAGGGAGAGACGGAGGGGUCUGAUCUAAGAGGGAAGAAUGCCUCGGAACACGUUGGACAGGUCGAGAAGGAGCGGAGAGCAAAGACGAAUGUUGUGAGGAUCAGUGUGUACCUCUGACUUCUAAAGAAGUAGCACACGGUGUCAUGAAUAGCUAAACGUUAUGCAAUCUGUCAUUCCAGCCCGUGGGAUUUUACUGGGAUCCCAGUGUGCUGUGUUCUCACUAGAAUGAGUGAGUUCGGGCCGCACAGAGGCCCAAAGUAGUGCGUUGGUCUGAGCCACGCCAACAUGCUGUGAUGUGUUUCAACCAGAUUGUGCCAGAGAUUUUUAAGUUGGAAGUUCAUGUGAUGCCAAGCGGAGGGAAGGGAGUCCGUCGCUCGGCCUCAUGGGCUCGACUCUCGGGUUUCCACAGACCUCUGACCCCUCUCUGCUCACGCCGACCCAGUGGACGGCCAGUCUGAGGGCCACUGAGGCCUCAUCGGGGCCCGACCUCUCCAAGUCCCACCACUAGUGGACGCCUCUCGCUUGCCGUCGGCGUCGCUUUCGCGGUCCGAUCCGCCGCGGUGUCGCUCGGCGAAAGCGACGCCGACCUCGAGAACGCUCGAGCAGAGCUUCGCCCACGGGGCGCCGUGACCCGACCGGCGCUCUGCCGCGGGCUCUCGUGCACUCGACACGAUCGAUGAAUCCCAUUUACACACAUGCAUACAUAUUAUAGUUAUUGAUUUAUUUAUUUUUUCUCAUUCCCCGGUCAAACCGGAUGUCCCUUUGCACACUUGGUUGAUGAACGCAUGCACGGGAGUAACAUUGCAAACAUGGGAUUGAGACAUUAAAGUGUUAAAAACUAGAUUUUUUUAAAAUAUAGUUCUCUUAGCAGUUGCCUGUAAAUCGGCAACGCGGCAGCGUUUCUGUCGGGGCAACGAUGUCCAUCUCAGUUGCCUAUAAAUGUCCCAGCGUGUGUUUUUUAAUGGUGAUAAAAUACUCCUUUGAAGAGGCGAGAGAUGCACUGAGCGAACGGAGGGCAGGAGAGAGAGAGAGGAGCGUCGCUCGCCCUCUGCUGGUCGGUGACUGCUGGUCGUCUCGUUGGGUCGAUGGGCGGUGGUGCUGGGAUCUCCGCUGCCAUGUCCCUGCUCCCUUCUCUGGUCUGACGUCCCGCUCUGUCUCCCCCCCCCCCCCCCCCUUUGACCUCCCAAGUCAUGUUCUGACCAAUCACCUCCCUGACUCCCUCCACGCUGGUUUCCUCCCCUCUUGAGCCCUGGCCUGGUCGUCAUCUUCCCUGAUCCAUUUGGGAAGAGCUCUUUGGAAAGUGAAGAAGAAGAAAAAUGAAAUGUGUAUUGUUCUAUAAAUCUUAUUUUAAAAAAGUAUUAGAGAUAAAGGUGGAAUUCUGAUUGUGAAAUGCAGAGAUUAUGCAUUAUAGGAUUUUCAGAGGUAGAAUGUCCAGUAACGCUGUUAAUAUUGUAUAUUUUUUAUUUGAAAGUAUGGAAAUCUAAUUGAAAAAUCAAAGACAAACAAGAGUUGGACUGCUGAAGCAUUCCAACUAAUUAGUAGUAGUGAUGCUUACACAGUGAUGUUGUUUUGGACCAGCGGUUUUGAAAUGAACGAUUACAGAUUUACUUUAGUGAACGAUAACAACACGACUGUCGGUCAGAUUGCCGUCUAGUAAAAGGGCAACUUUUUGUUUAAUGCUGAAUUAGGAUAAUUUUGCACAUUUUAAAUGGUGUUAGGUGUAGCCUUUGCCUUCGCAUUGGUUAUAUUUAAUUGACAUUACGAUACAAAUAUAGAUAGAUGGACUCAAAUCUGUCUAAUAAGGUUUUUUCACGUUUUUUAAGUCAGUCAUAGCCUCGAGAAGGAAAGAAACGUCUUCAUAGAUCUAUACAAUUUGGGAUAACAGCAGAAUUCUACAAUAUGUGUGCAUAAAUCAUAUUUCGUGAACUCCACAACAGAAAUUCUUGCACAAGAUUGUGAAAAUAUAUCUGUUUGAUAUCUCCGCCGAGCUGUUGUGGGGUCCACGGAUAUAAUUUGGACUUCAUUUAUGAAACAUGCGCCCUCUUCUGUUGUGGUUCUACACAAAGCAUUUCCACUCUCCACUCAAGUGUGACUUUCUUUCUUUUUUUUUUUUUAAUCUUACUACCUUGCACUCUGAAUAUAACUUUGUCUUGGCUCAGCUCCGAAACCUGAAUGGCGGUGGUCCCAUUGUUUCUCUUCAGCCAGUAUGCCGUUACAUCCAUCAUCUUUUAUCAAACCGCUUUCCAGUUCUCCGGGGUUUGAUUUGGCGUUAUGCCAGAAAAGGUCAUUUUUAUUUCACAGAUGUCUGCAGAGGGCCAAACGAGUGGCCGACGGCUCCACCCGCUCUCGUGUGGACUAGAACUCCCCAGGUGGUCGGGGCAGAGUCUAGCUUUAGACCUUGGUCACUCUGAACUGGAUCAGUUGCACUGCUUGCACAAGUGAUUGACCAGAUUGAGUCUACUGUGAUGCCCCUCGGUGUGGCCGACGGAGGGCUGCCAUUGGUUGAAAGUAGGCGGGGGGGCAGCGUUUCGUCUCUGUACAGUCUGUUUAUCAGUAUUCCCUUUAUCUCCUGUCAUUUGGUGGAUCUUGCUGUUUUAUCUCCGUAGUCCAGAGACCUGUAUUAAACUGUAUUAAAUUGUAUAGAUUGUUGCAAAAAAAAGCUGAAUGUUGCAUAGCGGAAGAGAAAAGCUAUCCUUACAGAUGACCACGGGAUUUAAAAUGUAUAAAAGAAAUCAAGAAACAAUGUUUAGGGGAAUAAAUGUAAUAUUUUGUUUGUAAUUACUAUUUUUUGUUGGAAGAGGGCUACUGGAUAAAGAAUGAUCUGUAAUAAAGUAAUUUUAAUAUUU